GAGGCAUCUUUGCAGAAGUCGAGAGCUGUCAGUCCAGCGACAGGAAGUUGGAAGAGGGCCUGCGGCGCAUGGACAGCCGAUUGGAGCGCCUGUCUUCGCUGCAGUCGCAAUGCUCAGAAGGCCUGGUGGAGGCCAAGGCGGCGGCUCUGAGCAGCGCGGAGCGCAGCAGCCGCCAGGCGGCGGAGCUGGAGACGCGCACCGCGGAGCUUAAGGACCAGCUGAAAAGUCUCCGGGAGGAGCUCUCGGGGAUCGGCACCAAGGAGGCCAAGACCGCGGAGUCCGCGUGCCAGUUGGCGCGGAAGCAGGAGCUCCAUGCGGAGGCCGCCUCAGAGCUGCGGCGCUUGGUGGAGGCGAUGCGGGGCCGCCAGGAGUUGCUGGAGCGCCAGGGCGGCGAGAGCGGGGCGGCGCUGCAGGCGCUGCGAGUUUCUGAGUCGGAGAACGGCCAGCAGUUGGAGCGGGUGCUGAAGAUGUGCGGGGAGCUGUCGGACGCCAGGAUAGGCAUGGUGACCGAAGUGGAGAAUUGCCGUGCCAUCCAGAGGCAACUGGAAGACGCCUUGCGGCGCGUAGAUGCGCGGCUGGAGUCUGUGUCCUCUGUGGCAGCCCAGUGCUCCGGAGGGCUGGUGGACGCCAAGGCCUUCGCGCAGAGUGCGGCGGAGAAGGCCUUGGCCAACUCCAAGGAGCUCUUGGAGCUCAAGGCCUCCGAGCUGAAGGAGCUGGUGGAGAAGCGGGCGACGGAGGCCACGGGGAAACUCGAGGCGCUGAAAGCCGCCGACGCGGAGCAGCGCUCGCAGCUGGAGCAGCUGGGCCGCGGCUGCGCGGAGCUGUCGGAGCACCGGAGAGGCAUGCAGGCCGAGCUGGAGCAGUGCCGGACUGGCCAGAGGCAGCAGGAGGACCUCCAGCGACGCCUGGAGGCGCGCUGCGAGCGCCAGGCGCUGCAAUUGGCGCAGGCCACCGAAGGCGUCUCCGAGGCCAAGGCCGCCGCGCUGAGCCUCUGGGAGCAGCGGGGCGCCGAGCUCAAGGACGUGGAGCAGCGCCUUGUGGACACGGUGACCAAGCUCGAGGCGCUGCGAAGCUGCGGGGCGGAGCAGGGCCAGCAGCUCGCGCAGCUGCAGCGGGGCUGCGCCGAGCUGGGCGAGCUGCGGCGAGGAGCCAUGGCUGAGAUCGAGAGCUGCCAGUCUGCCGAGAGGCUGGGGGCGCUGAAAGGGGCAGACGGGGAGCAGCGCCUGCAGCUGGAGCGCUUGGGCAAGGCCUGUGGUGAGCUUGCAGAUGCCCGGCGAGGUGUGACAGCAGAAGAAGUCAUAGAGCAUCCUACGUUCAAGAACAUCCAAGAGCAGCUCCGUUCCUUCAAGCACAAGGACACGGAGAUUGAAAUCCAGGAGCUGACCGAUAGGAUCGUCAUUUUAGAAGCCGCCAUCCAGGAAAAAGAAGAAGAAGUAGAGGGACUACAGUUUGAACUGAGUCAGGCGCACAAGCGCCUGCGCAUUUGUGAGCAACUGUUGGAGCAGUCGAUGGCCAUCACAAACCGCGCCAGAGUGCUCUAG